AUGGGCUUGGUGGCCAACGACCCAGGGGACCCUCUAGGCCCCUCAGCCGUCGCCGAGGUGGUGUCCCUCGACCGCCGGGGCCGCCGCACCCUUCUCGCCGCUCCGCCCGAGGGAACCCCUCACCCAGUGCACGGCAGCGGGGACGGCAGCCAACGAAUCCGGUCGGCCUCCGCGGAUCUCCACAGGCAGCGCCGCUCCCCCGCUCGACGCGCGCUUCGCCCGCAGCCUCCCUUCUCCAGUCCAAACAAACACCCCAGCCCGGAAGUGACUUCACUUCCGCCGCUGCCUCCGGCCCCGCCUCUCGUCCUAUCUGCGCUGCCCCCCGAGUCCACCAGAGAGCGCGCGCGAGAGAAAGGGCGACCCCCAAAGUUCUUGUCGCCAAAGCGGCACACUUGUGCAUGCGCACAGGCCUUUCCUCCGUACCCUCGUGACCGCGGGGAACGCUGGGAGUGCUGUCACGUUUUCUUAGGAAAACCGGAGUGGAGCUGGGCCGGUGUCCCCACACGCGCCCAUUCUUCAAGAAUGAUGGGAUGCAGUGAGUGGGGGAGCUAG